AUGGGGGCUGCCACCCCCACCACCGCCUCCGCCGCCCCCGCAGUGGACGUCCGAGAGCGGCGGCGGUCGGUCGGGACAUUCCGCAAGCAGACGCGGAGCACGACUGGAGACGCGCCGCUGCCGGCGACGCUGGUGUGGGGCCUGGUGCCGGAAGAGGUUCAUGCCAAGGCCGGCUGGCAGCCGCCCCCGCUAGCGGACUCCGCCCCCGCCUCCGCCCCCGGCCUCACCGUGGAGUUCAAGGCGGGCUCCCCCGAGGGGGCCGACCAGCCCCCGCACCCCCAGCACCAGCAGCAGCACCAGCAGCACCAGUUCAACAUCUUCCCCGCCAUCUUCUCGCGCCAGCUCAACUUCGCCGCGGCCACGGCGGCGGGCGGUAGCCCCUGCGGCGGUGUCGGCGUCGUCGGGGGUGGCAUGCAGUCGCCCGGCGGCGGCGGCGGGGGCGGCGGAGGCGGCGGCGGCGGAGGGGCCGGCGCCGGCAACGGAGGCGGCAAGCUGAUGGAGGAGCUGCGCGUCGGAGGCCUGCUGGGGCUCGUGGACGACCACCACCACCAUCACCACCACCACCACCACCACCUGGCGGCGGCGGCCGCGGCGCACCACUCGGCUGCCGCCGCGCACCACGCCGCCGCCUCCGCCGGAGGCGGCAACGCCUCCGGCGGAGGGGGCGGAGGCGGCUCGGCGUCGUCGCACCACCACGACAGCAAGCGCGGCAUCAAGUCGGGGGCGGCGGGCGGCGCCUCCGGAGGCGGAGCGGGCUCCGGCGGCGGCGGAGCGGGCUCGGCGGCGGCGGCGGCGGCGGCGGCGGCCGCGGCGGAGGACUUCUCGGCGCUGUACGCGCUGCCGCCCCCACACGCGGCGGCGGCGGCGGCUGCGGCGGCGGCGGCUGCGGCGGCCGCUGCCGCCUCCGCGGGGGCGGACCAGACGCCGCCUCCGGCGCAGCAGCCUCCCCCACAGAGCGCAGCCGGGGGCGGUCAGCACACGCCCCCGACGCCGCUCGGCCGCAACCUGGCGGACCACACCGCCCGCCGCCUCCCUGCCAACUUGGCAGACCUUGCGACGCCGUGCGCGCGGUCGUUGGCAGCACUGCCGGAGCAGGUGCAAGUGGCCGUCUCCAGCACGCGCCGAGUGCAGAGGGGGUUCCCCGUGUGGCACACGGAAGCACAACAGACGAAUCGCCCAGCGGACGGGCGCAGCGUGUAUGGCAACUCGGCACACGCGGCGGACAAAGAAAAGCCGUCGGUGGGCGGCGAGCGACUGUUUCCAUUGUCCCCUGGGGGCAGCCGCGCUGAUGGGGUCAAAAGAUUGCGCGCGGCGCGCCCGUCAAAGCCCCCUGCUAUAGAUUGGCUAUUUCAGGUAGCCGUAAUGCCAUCAGCCGCAGACCGCCUCGGCGGGCGCAGAUUGCAACCCCCGGGCGAGCGCCGACAAAACACUGCCUGCGCGGACGUGGCUAGUCCGGGCUGCUGCUGCAGCCGCUGCGCGGACGCCGAGCCUGCGGCGUGGGCCCGCAUGGACGCCUUCGUGCGCGCCGCCGCCGUCGCCGACCUCAGCCAGUGGCUCGCUCGCGCCCCUCCACCAUUGAGAGAUCCGUUGGCGGUGAGCGCUGAGCGCCCGCCCUCUGCAGACGGCCGGUGGCCACUGUGUGCUGCAGGAGCCGAGGGCGCCUUCAAGAAGCUCAAGCCGGAGCCGGCGACCGCGGCGCUGCUGGGGGGCGGCUCUGGGGGCGGACCGUCGCCCGCGCCGCCCCCGCACGCCGGCCACACGCCUACCACCGCCUCCUGCCCCACGCCCGCGCGACGUCGCCACAGGACCACCUUCACCCAGGAGCAGCUGGCUGAGCUGGAGGCGGCCUUCUCCAAGUCGCACUACCCGGACAUCUACUGCCGCGAGGAACUGGCUCGGACCACCAAGCUCAACGAGGCCCGCAUACAGGUAGGACAAGCACACCGACUCCUUACACGGCCUAGCUGUGGUUGA